UCCUGUUUCGGUUGUGUUCCUAAUUUAGUCUUAGAAAAACAUAUAAGAAAAGGACACAAACAAACCAAGCCCAAAAUCCACACCCUCAUUCAUUUCUCCUCCAUACACAAGAAGAUAAGGAGAAAAAGAAAGGAAGCCUCGCAACCCACCAAAAAAACAAUACCCAAAUAAACCUUCAUCAUCUUCUUCUUCUUCACUCCCUCAACUGCUGAGAGAGAGAAGAAAAAAGAAAAAAAGAAAAAUGGCAGUUUGUACAGUGUACACAACUCAAUCCCUAAACUCAACCUUCUCAUCAUCAAUAAAAUCCCACUUGGGAUUCCACCAAAAGAACCAACAACUAGUUUUCUUGAGUAGCAAUGGGAAGAAAUGGGGGAGCAGCAAUAAAAAAGAUGGCCACAACACUGUGACUAACAACAAUUCUUAUCUUAUAACUUGCUCUGCAGCUGACCAACAGACAGUUGUGAUUGGUUUAGCAGCAGAUUCAGGGUGUGGGAAAAGCACUUUCAUGAGAAGAUUAACAAGUGUUUUUGGAGGAGCAGCAGAGCCACCAAGGGGUGGUAACCCAGACUCAAACACACUCAUAAGUGAUACUACUACUGUCAUUUGUUUAGAUGAUUAUCAUUCAUUAGACAGAACAGGCAGAAAAGAGAAAGGAGUCACAGCACUUGACCCAAGAGCCAAUGAUUUUGAUCUCAUGUAUGAACAAGUUAAAGCAAUUAAAAGUGGUGUCACGGUUGAUAAGCCUAUUUACAAUCAUGUCACUGGUCUUCUUGACCCCCCUGAGCUCAUUAAACCCCCUAAAAUCCUUGUCAUUGAAGGUUUACACCCCAUGUAUGAUUCAAGAGUAAGAGAUCUGUUGGACUUCAGUAUCUACUUGGACAUCAGCAAUGAAGUUAAAUUUGCAUGGAAAAUUCAGAGGGACAUGGCUGAGAGAGGACACAGUCUCGAAAGCAUCAAAGCAAGUAUUGAAGCUCGAAAACCCGACUUUGAUGCCUAUAUCGACCCACAGAAGCAAUAUGCAGAUGCAGUGAUUGAAGUGUUGCCAACGAAACUGAUUCCAGAUGACAAUGAAGGAAAAGUUUUGAGAGUUAGGCUGAUAAUGAAGGAAGGGGUUGAGUUUUUCAACCCAGUUUACUUGUUUGAUGAAGGCUCGACAAUUUCAUGGAUACCAUGUGGAAGAAAGCUCACUUGCUCUUACCCCGGCAUCAAAUUCUCCUACGGCCCUGAAACUUACUAUGGCCAUGAGGUAUCGGUGCUUGAAAUGGACGGGCAAUUCGACAGACUGGACGAGCUGAUCUAUGUGGAAAGCCAUCUAAGCAACCUGUCGACAAAAUUCUAUGGUGAAGUGACUCAACAAAUGUUGAAGCAUUCGGACUUCCCUGGAAGCAACAAUGGCACAGGCUUCUUCCAAACCAUAGUCGGAUUGAAGAUCAGAGACCUGUACGAGCAGAUUUCAGCUAGUAGGGCCAAGGCACCGGUUGAGGUUGCAAAGGCCUGAACUUAGGGCGUCGAACGAAAGGAUUUGCUCAGUCCGUGGCCGAUUUCAUCUGGGUUUGGCUUUCAAUUUAAGCUUUGUGUUUAUUAGGCUGCUUUACAAUGAAUUUGUUGUUAUGAAUGAAUUUACUGAUCGGUGGAGAUUUGUGAUGUAAAAAAAAACACCAAAAAAGGAAUCGAAAGUAGAAAUGAAAUGCAAAUUGUACCAGUUUUGAUUUCACA